AAAACUUACAAAUGAGGAAUAGACUGAAAUGGAAAUCUGCUUUUCCACGUGUCUUUCUAGUAGCGCAGACGCGUAUUUGUAUUUCGCGCGCCAUUUUUCUUGUGAAACUCCUUCCGUUGCUAUGUAACGCACCACAACAGAAAGUCACGUUCUUCACGGAAGAGCGAAAACUUUCCUUAUCAAGAUCAAUCCUUUUGGAAACCAUCCGGCCGGUUUGUUUACGUUCGACGUUCAAGAUAGGUUGGUAGGUUAUCUCCGGCUCGUUGUUUUAGCAUUUGAAGUUCACCCCGGACUCACCUCCAGCCAGGUGAACGACGAUGAGUUCGUGCAGUGAAAAACGCGACAAACAACAGUGCACCAAUUCGUUACUUCCGGAUUCUAGCUCUUGUUCCGGUAGUACCAGUAGCAGCUGGGAUAAAACCGAGUACGAUUCUUUCCGCACGGAGAAACCCUUCACCCGGGACGAUGACGUUCUAAGCUCGAUAUCCGGUUCGUCGUCGUCAUCGGUACGGGGCGACUAUCGUCGUCGAAGAUCAAAACGGGAAGAGAGAGAAGAAAGCAGUGGCUUUCAGGUGGACCUGCUAAGUUCCGAACCGGAAGACUUUGACGAAAGUGGACAUCUUUUUCACAUGGACAUUAUUAAAAAUAGUUUGAGUGACAUUUCCUUACCAUCCUGUUCGUCCGGUAAAACCAUUUCGGGUAAGGUGAAGAGCACGCAAAAUAUGUCUUUUACCAGGGAUCGCGUGCGCGAAAUUGAAAGGCACAAUCAACUACUGCUGCAGAGGAUUAUGACUUCCAAGCCAACUUUGAAAACUAUGCCAAAAAGUAAUGCGACUGCAAUCAGUACGCCGGCAAACAAUUCUCGAACUACGAGUGCCGCCGUUAAUCGCAAGAAGAAGCAACGUCAAAUCGAUCUCGAAAAUCAGGUUUUGCGAAGAAAACUUGAGAAAAUUGAGCGAUCUCGGCGAUUUGCAUGGUGAAAGAAUGUCUUUGAGAUGUUUGCCAUGAUUUGAUUUACAAG